CUCCGUCCCUGACCUGACAUUGGCGAUUGGCGACCCUGCUGAUGAUGGUGGCUGCGCUUCGGGUAGAGUGACACCCAAAAUAAUAAGGUUGGUCACAUCCCAACGCCUGUUCCCGUAACGCACUCAAGUCACCGGUGCUGCUAGUCUCCCACUCUGCCACUCCCCUUUCUCGUAAACCGGACCGGCUGUCCAACUUCCCAAGCCUCAAUUUCCCACUCCCUCCCUCUCCUCUGUCUCUUGCAGUCAACAACCUCACCUCAGGCCAGGCCGUCACCGUUGUCGCCGACCCACAAUUCCGAUCAGCGGCCUCUGCUAUUAACUGUUACUGCCUUUCAUCGACAUCCGUACCGCUUGUUCCAUGUGCACGACUUAUUAGCACCGUCUGUGCCGUUCUUUCGAGGCGUUGGUUGUUUAGCACUCGCGACCAGAGCCCACGCAAUCCCUCGUAUUCGCUCCCCCCCCCUGGCCCAGCACCCCAAGUGCCGCCAAAAUCCACCUCUUCAGCACCAAGGAACAACAACUUUACCAUCGUCACUCGUUUUUCUGUCCAAAACCGCGAAAGAUGUCGCCCAUCGCCCUGCGCGCCGCUGUGGCGCUCCCUGCCCUUGCUUCUGUCGCCAAUGCGGCUUAUUCUAUUGCAAGCAAUGACGACAUCAAGAACACUGCUGCAUCGCUUGCUUAUGACACUAUGAGCUACUACAAGGGAAACCAGUCGGGCCAGACACCCGGUAUCCUGCCCGGUCCACCACCUGCCGGUGAUUACUACUGGUGGGAGGCUGGCGCUCUGUGGGGUGCAAUGAUUGACUACUGGCACUUCACCGGCGACUCCACCUACAACGACGUCGUGACCCAAGCAAUGCUCUUCCAGGUCGGGCCAAAUCGGGAUUACAUGCCCCCAAACGUUACCGCAUCGCUCGGUAACGAUGACCAGGGCUUUUGGGGUAUGUCGGCCAUGACUGCCGCCGAAAACAAUUUUCCCAACCCGCCCGAAGACGAGCCCCAGUGGCUAGCCCUAGCUCAAGCCGUCUUCAAUACCCAAGCAGAUCCUAUAAGACACGAUACUACCUGCAAUGGUGGUCUUCGCUGGCAGAUUCCCCUGUCGAAUAAUGGCUACGACUACAAGAACAGCAUUGCGAACGGAUGCUUCUUCAACCUCGGUGCACGCCUGGCUCGCUACACCAACAACCAGACUUAUGCCGACUGGGCCGAGAAGACCUGGGACUGGGUCACAGGCGUUGGGUUCAUGGACGCUGACUACAAUAUCUACGAUGGUGCUCAUGUCGGUACUAACUGCACCGACAUCAACAAAGCCCAGUUUUCCUACAACAAUGGCGUCUUCCUGCUAGGUGCCGCCCACAUGUAUAACUACACGAACGGCGACGAGACAUGGAAGGCGCGUGUGCAGGGACUACUGGACGCUACCAUCAAAGUGUUCUUCCCAAACAACAUAGCGUACGAAGUGGCCUGCGAAGAGCACAUGACUUGCACGACCGACAUGCUGAGCUUCAAGGGCUACGUGCACCGAUGGUUGGCUACCAUGACCCAGAUCGCACCCUUCACGCAUGACCAGAUCAUGACCGUCCUCAAGACUUCGGCGGAGGCCGCGAUCAAGCAGUGCACAGGGGGUCCAUCCGGCACUGAGUGUGGCUUCCAGUGGUCCAGCGGCACAUUUGACAACAGCGUCGGUGCCGGUCAGUCCAUGAACGUUUUGGGCGCUGUGUCGUCGCUGCUGGUUGCAUCCGUCGCGGCCCCCGUUACCAACUCCAGCGGUGGUACCAGCGUCGGCAAUAACAACGCCGGCUCUUCAUCUGACUCCUUCAUGGGAGACUCGAGACCGCCGACCACCGGCGACAAGGCCGGUGCCUCCAUUCUCACAAUCCUGGUCUUGGCCGCUGCUGCCGGCACAUUUGGGUGGAUGUCAACAGGUAUAUAAUCACGCCCGCCCUGCGCAACUCGGCAGUUCUGGAUGUUUUUCUUGGUUUAUGCCCAAUGUGGCAGUCCGGGAUUGAUAAUGGUUGAUGAGGCAAUGUUUGCAAGGGCCGGGCCACGACUGGCAGGUGCUCAGAGCACCUAAGCCACACGACGGGCAACUGGACAAUGGCGUCACGGAUCACGGAAGGACUGCAGGGUACUAUCUGGAAGGACUUUUACAAUAGGGGCGUUGGUAUUGUUUUUUCUCGAUCUGUUCAUAGUACGGGAUUCUGCUUGAGUGGCACAUAAUUGGCCUCUUCCCCCGACCGAGGCAGACGCUGUGGAGCCCUACGUGCUCACUGCCAUCGGCGGGAUGAGUUAGAGCAUACAGUAAAUCAUAUUGUUAUACAUUUUAGGAGAUGCUGUAGAGCGUGGGUGAUUCGCGGAACAGGGCAUCCGAAACUGUCAUGAACCAUGAGGUCAUAGGUGCCCAAACAUCAGAUGAGCGGCUUGUGACAGCUGCUGACGACGUUUGCCCGGGUUGUCACCUAGGGCCAUUUCAAGGCGCGAGGGAUGUCCGUGAAAGGACAUGGAUACCUGGAGGGAGCCGGUGACUCGACCCCCAUGCAGCGUUGCUCUCGCUGUCAUUAAUGGCACGCUGCGAAGAAGAUCGUAUUUGACUGGCCUCUCAUGUUUCUCGUGACAUGAGCGCAAGAACGCAAAAGACGUCGAAAUAAAGUAUGGGUUCUAGACCCGAAGCGCCGACUUGCAAAAGGUGGAUACCCGUUGUGGAAGGAAUGAGAUGAUCCACGCUCGUGGUCGCAACCGUGGUGGGCUUUCUAGGGGGCUGAUGUGAGCAGACGGGCAGGGCUUGUAUCUGGGCAAUCUUUUAUGCCCCUUCUCCACCAAGGCCAAACAAAGCAUUGCCCGUGCAUUGUCAAAUGAGACUAGGACAUGCUGGAACCUGCUGAACCUGGGGCGAAAUUUGUGGUCUUUUGCAAACCUGCAGACGUAUCACUUGGUAUCUCUUUUCUUGGUACACAUGUUUCUGUGGUGUAACGUCGGAGUGGGCUCUGGACCCCUUGCACCCCUGAACCCCACGAAUUCCCGCCCAAGUGUCUAC